UUGUUUACAGCAGAGAAGCGCCGCGUCUGUUCUAGUACCUUGCUCGUACCUUUAACUAGUACCUGCUCGCGUUACAGCAGCAAACAUGGUGGCCAUGACCAAGAGACUGAAGAACUUCCAGGUGGUGUUCUCGGACCCGCUGAAGACGUUUUACUGCGGGGGGGACCGGCUCUCCGGACACGUCCUGGUGGAGGUGAACGAGGUGACGCGGGUGUCCGCCGUGCGGAUGGUGGCCGUGGGCUCCGCCAAGGUGGAGUACGCCAAGGGGAAGCAGCGCUGCCGCCAGCAGAGCGAGUAUCUCCGGCAUGAGGAGCUGCUGAGGCUGCCGGAGCAGGCGACAGAUGAGGAUGGUUCCGUGGUCCUGAGGCCCGGCAACAAGUACCAGUACCAGUUUGGAUUCGAGCUCCCCCAGCAAGGGCAGCUGGUGUCGUCCUACAAGGGGAAGUUCGGCUACGUACACUACUGCGUGAAGGGGCUGCUGGAGCGGCCGCAGCAGGCCACGCUCGAGUGCAAGAAGCCCUUCGAGGUGGAGGAGCCGCUGGACGUCAACACCCCAGACCUGCUGUCUCCUACAGGCGGUAUGAAGGAGAAGAAGGUCAACCUGAUGUUCAUUCCCGACGGACAAGUGUCCCUCAACGCCAAAAUCGACCGGCAGGGCUUCUGCGAGGGCGAAGACAUCUUCAUCAACGCCAAGUUUGAGAACACGUGCUCCCGCAUCGUGGUGCCCAAGGCCGCCAUCAUCGCCAAGCACAUCUACCAGGCCAAUGGGCGCACCAAGGUGUUCCGGCAAAAGCUGUCGUCGGUGCGGGGCAACCACAUCAUCUCGGGCAUGUGCGACGCCUGGCAGGGCAAGACCAUCCGGGUGCCCAAGAUCAAGCCGUCCAUGCUGGGCUGCAACAUCAUCCGGGUGGAGUACGCGCUCAUGAUUUACGUUCACAUCCCCGGCACCGACAAGCUGAUCCUGGAGCUGCCCCUGGUGAUCGGGACCGCCGGCCUGGGUAGCCGUAGCAACAGCGUGAGCAGCACGGAGGGUUCGGUCAGCAACGCCUCUCAGAGCUGGGUGUCCCUCCGGAUGCCGUCGGACCCGCCGAGCUACUGCGACGUGAGCCGCGACUGCCGGCUGGACCAGCCGCUCACGCCGCUGCUGGACGACUUCGACGGCGAAGACAGCCCCAUCUUCAUGAACACCACCAACUUCCCCUUCCCGCCGCCCGUGUACACCGAGACGGAGGAGGAGUACAACGGGAACGCCCGCAUGCUGCCGGUCUGCUAAAGCCUGAUCCGGACUAGCAACACCCGUCGGAGUGAGGCGGUGGACAGAACCUCUUGCCCUUGAUCACGCUUCCAUCAUCUGUGCCCAUCCAGACUCUGGUCCCGGUUUGGACCGGACCCCUGGACAUACUGGCCAGCAAGGCAGGGGUGGCACACGCUACAUUUCUGAACAUAAGCUUCCCGGACACUUCUAGGACUUGAGAAGCCGCAGCUUCGUCAUUCCAGGCCAGCGCCGCCCCGCUGAGCGGUGCUGAUGGGAACAAGUGGGAACAAAAGCCGCAUCGUCAGCGUUCAGGCUUCUCUGUCCACCAGUGUUUGACAAGUCCCCUAUUCCUGUAUCUUAUUGCACUUUGAUGCCUUCUGCUCUACUACUGCUGGCGAGAGUUCUGCUGCUGAGUGUCUGAAAUCUAAAGUCCCGCGUUGAUUUCCGGAGGAGCAGCUGGAUGUGGGCUGCACCUCCCCGACUCUCUGCGAGCAGAUAGAGAUGUGCCGGCUAGGCACCUUAGGGUGUGACACCAGUCACACCUCUCUCCUGCUCCUUCCUUCAGGGCCCAAAGAAUAUAUUCACGACUGAUUUGUGAGAGUGUUUUUGCAAUAUGUUCAUGAUGUAUAAAGGUAUUUUUGUAUGAAACCCUAUGGGUGAGACUUUUAUAAAAAAUAAACAAAUAUUGAAAUGUU